GUUGGCCUAAGAAAAAGCUGUGUCGAGCCCUCACGUCUGACCUCUCGUAACCUCCCCCUUGAUCCCCAGCCCUUCCCUAAAAUAUCCUCGUCCUAAAAAACUCGACCCUCACGCGCUGCGUACCAAUCUCCAAGGUUUCGGUUUCACCACAACAAGUAAACACUUCAGGAAGUUGUCUCUUUAAUUCCCGACACGCACGUGGAGGAUGUUUUUUGAGGAACUGCGGCCCGAGGAGAUGUUUGAGCAUCACAGCAUCACAGGAUUGUGUCGAUGGUGGGAGACUCUGGUUUGUGCUGUACUCACGCGAUUGUACCGUGGACUCCAGCGCCAGCAGUCUACCGACUUAUAUUCAUCUACCCGAGUCAAUACACUCUCUCCAGUCGCGCGCGAAGCCAUGUCAGCGUAACGGGUUCGAGGGCGGGUGGAUAUUGGCGGAGGAAUCAUGGGAAAGGGUAGAGAGGAAAAUUGACUGGUUCUUCAAGAACGCACAGCUCCUGGCAGCGAAUCAAUAUGACCAACGACCUCAACAGUCCUUUUAUUCUGGUCCAUCUGUCAUCCUGCAGCUGAACGCUUGAGUAUUGAUAUAACAGCCCUCCUUCUCUGCCUAACCUCCGGGUUCUUUCAUCAGUAGAAAACAACAUGGCGCGCUGCCUGUGCAUGGAGAAGUCCCUGCUGCGUCGCUUGUACAGAAAGAGGAUCGUCAGGGUGUUUGUCAUCGUCGUGGUGGUAGUGGUGUGUGGUUUGAGGUGGCGGAAACAACGCGAGUCGUCUGAGAGAGAGAUCAGCUGCAUGCAGCUGCAUCUGUACUCGGCGCACGAGCGAACGUUGGAUGGCGCCGCGAUGGUGACGUUGGUGGGGCUGGCUGACAGAGACAACGUGUCAUCAACCCACGUGACCUGCCGCUUCACAGUUGGGAAGGAAGAGCCCGAAAGCGGUGGACACUGGGACACACAAGGCACAAUUCUCGUUUUGCCGGAGCAUCACGGUGAGAGGUUCGGAGCGAUUUUGAUUGACUGUCCCCUCCAUGAUGUACCAACACGUCCCAACUUCGUGUCCGUGGUCCUAAACGAGACUGACCCUUACCUUCACACUGUCAGAAUUACCUCCCCUGAAUCAGGACCACCCCGUCUACAGAUGGCGCUGUGCGUUCCGCCCAUUCACGGAGGUUACAAUAGAUGGGAGGAACUCAUUGAGACGCUGGAGCUGCUACAGCUGUUGGGAGUGGAUCAUGCCGAGAUGUACCUCCUUGACGCAGGCCCCAACGUCACUUCCGUCCUAAAUUACUACGUCACCAGAGGUUUCCUGCGCUUGCACACGUGGCCAGACCCACCACAGCCAGUCCACUACUUUGGCCAGCUGGCUGCCGUCAACGACUGUCUCCUGCGCAUGCGCAAUGUCGCCAAGCUGGUCAUGUUCGCCGACUUGGAUGAGGUCAUCGUGCCCCACCGCCAUGACUCUUUGUCCGACAUGCUGCAAGACGUUCUCAAACAACAAAAUGAUUCAGAUCAUGUUGGAGCCUUCAACUUUCUCAACUCCUUCUUCGUGCCUUCAAAUGACUCUGAAGCCCAAAGCAGACUUCUCCAAAACUCCACCCUCAACUCUGACCAAAUUCGUCUCGCCGAUUCCCUUGGACUAAAAGCAGUGUCGGGUGUGUACCAUGGCAAAGUUUUCCCUUUCACUGAACGCUCCAAAUGCAUCGUGGACCCGCUGACAGUGACGAUGAUGCAGGUUCACUUUGUAGGAAUCUUUUCCAAGGGCUUCAGGUCAGUGACUGUGGAUCCCAGCAUUUCCUUGCUACAUCACUAUCGCGGGAGAGAAGACAAAGAAAAUCUUGUUCCAGAAACUUCUGCAUUAAAAUUCGUUCCGGAACUUACCAGGAGAGUCAGAGUGUCUGGACUAGCAUUGGAUUUCAAGCAAAGGACGACAAUGUAUAGUUGUGGUGAGAGAAUUUUACCUCCGGGUUCUUUCAUCAGUAAAAACCAACAUGGCGCGCUGCCUGUGCAUGGACAAGUCCUGCUGCGUCGCUUCUACAAAAAGAGGAUCGUCAGGGUGUUUGUCAUCGUCGUGGUGGUGGUGUGUGGUUUGAGGUGGCGGAAACAACGUGAGUCGUCUGAGUUAGAGAUCAGCUGCAUGCAGCUGCAGCUGCAGCUGUACUCGGCGCACGAGCGAACGUUGGACGGCGCCGCGAUGGUGACGUUGGUGGGGCUGGCUGACAGAGGGAACUUGUCAUCAACCAACGUGACCUGCCGCUUCACAGUCUGGAAGGAAGAGCCCGAAAGCGGUGGACACUGGGACACACAAGGCACAAUUUUCGUUUUGCCGGAGCAUCACGAUGAGAGGUUCGGAGCGAUUUUGAUUGACUGUCCCCUCCAUGAUGUACCAAGACGUCCCAACUUCGUGUCCGUGGUCCUAAACGAGACUGACCCUUACCUUCACACUGUCAGAAUUACCUCCCCUGAAUCAGGACCACCCCGUCUACAGAUGGCGCUGUGCGUUCCGCCCAUUCACGGAAGUUAUAAUAGAUGGGAGGAACUCAUUGAGACGCUGGAGCUGCUACAGCUGUUGGGAGUGGAUCAUGCCGAGAUGUACCUCCUUGACGCAGAGCCUAACGUCAUUUCCGUCCUAAAUUACUACGUCACCAGAGGCUUCCUGCGCUUGCACGAGUGGCCAGACCCACCACAGACAGUCCACUACUUUGGCCAGCUGGCUGCCGUCAACGACUGUCUUCUACGCAUGCGCAAUGUCGCCAAGCUGGUCAUGUUCGCCGACUUGGAUGAGGUCAUUGUGCCCCACCACCAUGAUUCUUUGUCCGACAUGCUGCAAGACGUUCUCAAACAACAAAACGAUUCAGAUCAUGUUGGAGCCUUCAACUUCCUUCACUCCUUUUUCGUGCCUUCAAAUGACUCUGAAGCCCAAAGCAGACUUCUCCAAAACUCCACCCUCAACUCUGACCAGAUUCGUCUCGCUCGUUCUCUUGGACUAAAAGCAGUGUCGGGUGUGUACCAUGGCAAAGUUUUCCCUUUCACUGACCGCUCCAAAUGCAUCGUGGACCCGCUGACAGUGACGAUGAUGCAGGUUCACUUUGUAGGAAACUUUUCCAAGGGCUUCAGGUCAGUGACUGUGGAUCCCAGCGUUUCCCUGCUACAUCACUAUCGCGGGAGAGUAAAGAACGACAGUCUUGUUCCAGAAACUUCUGCCUUAAAAUUCGUUCCGGAACUUAUAAGGAGAGUGCACAGUGUCUGGACUAGCAUUGGAUUUCAAGCAAAGGACGACAACGUAUAGUUGUGGUGAGAGAAUUUUGUGAAAAUCCUGGACCUGUGUGUGUGUUUGCGAGAGUAAUUCUUUAUCGAACAAACCCAUUGGUUUGUUUCGAGGGAUAAAUUAUACAUAAAAUAUCGACAAUAUUUACAAUAGAGUUAUAUUUUACAUGCUAAUAUUUCUUUAUAUUCAUGUUUUACUUCUGUUUUUGAAUACUUGAUAUAAAUAUCUAGAAAUCUGAUUGAAGUUUGCUAGAAAUUCUCGUGUGACUCCAUCUCUGCCCUGAGCAUGGUCUUGUCGAUGAUAAGAUGUCAACUUUCGAUCUAUAACUGUCAUGAAAGGUAGAGGUGUGUGUGUGUGUGUGUUUGUUUCUAUGUUCCUGAAUUUUACGACAAACUCGGACACUGGCCCCGGGGAACUGAGCCCGUGGGUGACGAGGUUGACCUCCUGCUAUACAAGUCAACAUAAACUUGCAGAGGACAAUAUGUAAAUAAUCACACGUCAGCUGCUCUCAAUUUCUACUACAAACACUACAGCUCUAACAGACAACCACGUCAGAGAGAGCGACGACUGCUGUACCGGCGACAGAGGUGAUCACUGUUCUCGUCCAGGGACCUACACGGAGUGUCUUCGACGACUGCAAUGGUAUGUGCAGCCGCUGAACGAACGCCACCUGGAUGUGGAGUUUUUCUCAUUCCUUUGCUUUAGAGUGCGGGCGACCCCAGCAGACGUUCAGCAGACGUUCGCUUCUCUUUGAGAACGACGACUUCUGACGGUCCUGGUGUCGAACGUGUACCUGUCACAGGUAGUGCAGGUCCGGGUCACGUGGCCCUUUGAUUUCCAUGGCGACAGCAAGCAGUCCUGACAGUCCUUUGCCACUGAUUCACCCAAGGGUCUCUAGUCAAGCGUCCUUCCCUCCGAGUCUUGAACUCUUGGUUUCGAGGUACUGAGAGAUGCUGAAGUUGUUUUGCCUGUUGACCUGUUGCUUCGUCCACCCUGACGUCCUGCCGAGAAGUGUCUUACAGUUUUCUGGUUUCUCUGCCUCACUUCACACAUUCGAAGAGAUGCAUACAGCAAGGGAUGCCAUUGGCCAACCACUUACCCAGCAUCCUUCAUGCAAUCAACAAGUAGCCAACAAGGACAAGAGGGAGGGACCACCCCUAUUGACCCUCUGCCCCACCUACAGGUGGUGGGGUGAACAAGUGACUAAUCCUUCACUCUCCGUGUCAUUUUACUAGGUCCUGGCGGAGAUGUGUGAGAGACCCUUAAGGUGUUAUUAUCUUCCGAUAGAUCAUUAACAUAUCUACUUGCCAGCUGGUCGUGCGUGGCUUGCUGUAACCUGGGUGUACCCCACAUACACUGGAACACGUUUGGCAUAAAUGGUGUCUGUCUUGUCAACAACCCAAACUAGACUUUUAGUGACUGAUAGUAUGUCCUUCCCAACAUCUCCACAUAUUAAUAUACACACUCAGGGCCUGAUAUUGAUGCGGGUAUUAUUGAGUGAUGUUGACAAUACUGCCUUCUACACUUACAUUGUUCCUAUCAUUUUGUGAAAUUACAAAAAUUUCUGACACAGAUGCCGGGUUUAUUAAUAUUACAAACUUCUCUCUUUCUCUCACACGUACCUGCGAAGUGUUUCUGUGGAAGAAGAUCGGAAAGAUGACAGCGAUGAUAAAAAUUCAAACCGUUUUAAAACCGUUUUUGGAGUGUUGAUAUAAUCUUGUAGUGUUUCUUUUUCAUGAAAUGUCUAUCCUCUUUAAUCGUCAUUUUUUUAUAUAAAAUGAAAUCCUACUUGCCUGCUCUGUAUGUGCACUCAGAAUGUUUUUUGAAAAGGAAGUGACCCUGCUGAGUAAAAUACAUGAAUUUGUUUUCGAGUGUUGUUCUUGUUUGUCAGAGGCCAGAGUUUGAUAGAAGGAAUACGGUAGAGUGGUAUAUACUGUGAUAUACUGGCAGGAUAAACUGCAAACAUGGAACUGCAAACAAACUAGUCUGUGUCGUGGCAUCCUCGGGGUCACUCGGA